CAUAUUAAUGAUCAGAUUCGUGGGUUAGAGUCUUGGCUUCACUAAGUUUUUUCUGACUUCCCAGUACAAAAUAAAAGAAAUUUCUACAUUUGAAUUAAUACCUCAAACCAACAUGACCAGGCAGUGCCGACUCAUGACCAAGAAGUACUCGGUUUUUUUUCCCUGGUUAUUAUCACUAGCAUUUUUAUACUCCCGAUAGCCUGAAAAAAUGGGCGUAGCUUCUGUUCACAGCAAUGACAGCAUCCGGGGAGCCAAGCAGAAAAAGGACUCGUGUGCUCAUGGAUCUUUAACACACUCCAACGCCAGCGACAAGGAUGCCAACGCGACAGAGCGACAGGAUACUGCAAACACAUCGGAACUAGUAAGAAAUAGAUCUACUCUGCAGGUUGCUUUCAUGUCAUUUGUUCUAGCUUCCAUUCCAUAUGGACUGUCAACCACUAUGUUUUAUCCCCUUAUCAACGGAGGUCCCGUAACUAUCAUCUGGGGAUGGCUUGCAGUUUCAUUGAUCAUCAUCUGCGUGGCAGCGUCCCUUGGAGAGAUCACAAGCGUAUAUCCUACCGCUGGCGGAGUUUAUUAUCAAACGUUUAUGUUGUCGCCUGUCCGAUGGAGAAAGUUAGCAGCCUGGACUUGCGGCUGGUCUUACGUUGCUGGCAACAUCCUCAUUACCCUGGCCGUCAACUUUGGAACGACGACAUUCCUCGUUGGAUGUAUCAACGUUUUUGAGUCCGAAAUUGGAAUUGGUGGGCUUGCAAGUGAGACCUAUCAGCAGUUCCUGAUUUUCGUUGGCAUAACCUUAGUAUGCAACGCCGUCUCGGCACUAGGAAAUAGAUGGCUACCCUUACUUGAUACCUUUGCCAUCUUUUGGACAUUCGCAGGCUUGAUCGCUACUAUAGCUUGUAUUUUGGCCCUAGCUAAGAAUGGUCGACAUUCAGCUGAUUACGUCUUUGGACACUUUGAGCCCAUGUCCGGCUGGACCUCCGGCUGGGCAUUUUGUGUAGGCCUUCUGCAGGCAGCCUAUGCGACAUCUUCUACCGGAAUGAUUGUAUCCAUGUGCGAAGAAGUUCAAAACCCGAGCGUCCAAGUCCCAAAAGCUAUGGUCGGAGCAGUGAUUCUCAACACUUUCGCUGGACUCCUUUUCCUCAUUCCUUUGGUUGUCGUCCUUCCCGAUCUCUCCGAACUUGUCACUAUUGCAUCCAGCCAACCUGUCCCCGUGAUCUUGAAAUCUGCGGUCGGUAACUCUGGCGGUGCAUUCGCCCUGUUAAUCCCGCUUAUCGUCCUUGCUAUGCUAUGCGGCAUAGGCUGCACGACUGCUGCCUCGCGCUGUGUGUGGGCAUUUGCGCGAGAUGGUGCCAUACCAGGUUCACAUCUGUGGAAUCGAGUGGACAAAUCCCUUAACAUGCCUCUCAAUGCAAUGAUGCUUAGUAUGAUAGUACAAAUUGCUCUUGGACUCAUUUACUUUGGCUCGGUUACAGCAUUCAAUGCCUUCUCUUCUUCCGGUGUUAUCUUUCUGACUGUCAGCUAUGCGGUACCCAUUGCCGCCUCACUCUUCACCGGACGCAAACAAGUGAAAAAUGCCAGCUUCAAUCUCGGUGUCUGUGGUGUGUUCUGUAAUGCGGUUGCUCUUUGCUGGACUGCGCUUGCAGUUCCCCUCUUUUGUAUGCCCACAUACCUCCCGGUUACUGCGGAAACGGUUAAUUACGCCUGUGUCGUCUUUGUUGCCGUUAUAGUCAUUGCCUCCGGAUGGUACUGGAUUUGGGGCCACAAAAACUACCAAGGUCCUCUCGAGAAUGGAAUUCCAGUAGGUGUUGAACACCAUACGUCAGAUAUAUCAUCUGAAGAAGUGGUCAUUUGAGAGCCUCCGAGGACUUUGGAAUAUAUAUAAUAUCGUUUCAUUCAUAUAUCUUCAAUUGGAAAUCUUCAAAUGUUGAAUAUUGGAAAGUAGCGCUGACUACUAGGAGACUCGCAGCAUACAUUAACGUACUCCAGGUGUGGAGCCCAGUAGAACGAAUCCUGAUUCUGCGCAUUUGAUCGAGUAUUAAACUGUGAAUCUCGGCUACAAAUAUUGUAUUCACAGUGCAUAUCAAGUAAACAUCUAUACAAAUAUCCAGAAGAGAACUAUUCACGAG